AUGCGCGUGCGUUAUUGGGGAGGGGGCGGCUGCCGUCAGAAAAUUUUGCGGCAACUGCGGAGAAAUGCAGCGUAGGGCUGCGUGGCGUCCGACGACAGUUCGGCGGAGAGGCUAUUGCGGGGUUGCGGAACAAACAACGUGGAAGGCGGAGUGGGAGCUGCCGGCGCUUUCACUUUGUCAGUGUGCUGUGGAAGGGAAAGGGCCCUUGGAGCCUGCUGUGGUUUGCCGCUUGCUGCUCUGGGCUGUCGCUAAGGCAUACGCUGAGGAACGCGCAGAACCUUUUUUGUCUAUGUUUUUUUUUUCUUUAAGGGAUGGUGCUGAUUCCUUGAGCAGUCUUUUUCUCUGCGUCUCUCUUUAUUUGGGUGUUUUGGUUGAUUGCACCUGUUCCGCUGUCUCAGACGGUGUUUGUGUGUGUGCGAGGGACCCCGCUUGCAUUCAGAGUUUUGUUGUUUUUAAUUUUGCCUUGGCUUUGUGUAAUGAUGCUUCCCUUCUUGUGUGUGUGUGUUUUGGGGACGACGGCAAGUGA